AUGCCUAACAGUUCGGCAGCGAUCGCUCCCUUUUUAAUUAAUCGAAUGUUGGAGAGCAAUCGAGUCGAGCUAUUCGAUUUAUUCGGACAGCCGAGUUACACCGAGGAGCAGCCUUCCACGCAGUUCACCGCCCAGCUGCCGCGCGAGGUGAGCCCGGCCCCCGCCGCGCCCGCCACCGCCGCCCAGCCUCUGUCCUACGCCCUUCUGCACCUCUCCGCCUCUGACUCGGCCGAACAGCCUUUCCUGCACGUGCAGCUCCAGUCUUCGCCUGUCUCCUCCCCUCCUCCGCCACCGGCGAGCGGCAAAUCACUCAUCUACACGAGCACGGGCGCGCUCCUCUCUCUACCACCCAAGAAAAAGGACAUCUACCGCCCCUACUGCCUGGGCGACCGCGCCGCGCAUCUCAACCGCCCCGAAGAAGACCUCAAGGCGGCGCACGCGAUCCUAGACCUCAGCCAGCACGCGGUCUACCUCAGCAAUCCACGCGUUGAGCCAGCGCUACCCCCGCCGCCACCGCCGCCACCACCGCCACCGCCACCGCCACCACCGCCGCCACCACCGCCGCCGCCGCCACCGCCACCUAUCGAGCCUGAGCCCGAGCCCGAGCAGGAUAAGCAGUGUGAGACCGUCGCCUACACCUAUGACGCGUUCUUCGUCUCGGACGGCCGCUCCAAACGGCGCAACUUCGCCAACUCACCGAUCGAGUGCGCCCAACAACCCGAAGUCAAGUCCAAGUACACCUGCAGCGAAUGCGGCAAACGAUAUGCGACCUCCUCCAAUCUGUCGCGGCACAAGCAGACGCAUCGCAGCCUCGACUCGGGGUCGGCGAAGCGCUGCGGCGAGUGCGGCAAGGCGUACGUGUCCAUGCCGGCGCUGGCCAUGCACGUGCUCACGCAUCAGCUGUCGCACGUGUGCGGCGUGUGCGGCAAGCUGUUCUCGCGGCCCUGGCUGCUGCAGGGCCAUCUGCGAUCGCACACAGGUGAGAAGCCUUACGGCUGCGCCCACUGCGGGAAAGCGUUCGCGGACCGAUCCAACUUGCGCGCUCACAUGCAGACGCAUUCGUCGGACAAGAACUUCGAGUGCGGGCGCUGCCACAAGACAUUCGCGCUAAAGAGCUACCUGAACAAGCACCAGGAGUCGGCCUGCGUGCGCGACGACGACGAGCCGCCCAGCCCGCCCGCCUCCGCCUCCGGGUAG